AUGUCGUCUAUACUGCGCAACAACUAUGCGCUUAUGAUGUUCUACGUGCGCGAGAAGCUGUGGCGGCAUGCGGAAGUUGUGUGCAGCGACACUAUCAAGACGACGGACAGCUGGAUCUUCCGUGUGUGGCGUGGUCUGUGCUACGACCAGCAGGGCCAGGCGAACGAGGCGCUGCGUGAGUACAAGGCGGCCGAACAGCGGCGGGAGACGGCGGUGCCGGCAGCGAUGGGCCUCGUACUGCUCUACCGGCGGACCAAAGACGCGGCCGGCCUCGCGGCGGCGGAGCGGACACUCGCCGAUGGCCCCAGCGCGGGGGAGACAAGCGCGUGGGUGCAGGCGGCGGCGCUCGCGUGGGCCGCGGGGGACACCGCCGGAGCCCGCGAGGUUCUUGCGCGCCUCCCCGACGCCGCGGGGGCGGAGGGACGCGAUGCCUGCACGAGUCUCGCGGUGGUGCGGGCGUGGGUCGAUCUCAGCACCGGCCGCGGCGCUUUUCUUGAGCGGUGUGGCACACUCUUCCGACAGGCAAUGACUGAAGAAGAAGAGAGCGGGCAUGGCGUGGAUCUGGACGCCACCAUGGGAUGCGUUGCGUUCUACGAGCGCAAGUUUCAGUUCUCACCCGCACAACAGCUACUUAAUAGACUCAUUGUUAGCCACCCAAAUUUUACCCCAGCACUCAUCGUAAAGGCGAGGCACCUCAUGAAAGCAGAGGAUUGGGAACAGUGCUGGGAAACAACAAAACGUAUUUUGGCAAAGGAUAAAACAAACUUAGAGGCACUAGCCCUAAAUACACUUUUUCUUUUGGUAAAAGAUGCUCGAUAUGAAGACGCCGCGGCGCAGUUGCCCCGACUUCUUGAGGCGGUACAAGAAAAGGAACCAAAGAAUGCAUUACUCCUUUUUGAAUACGCACAGUGUUUUUCACGUCUUGGUGGCUCUCACUUACCCCUGCUGAGUGUUACAAUGCAAUUUGCAGAAGCUGCUCACCGCAUGGCACCCCAUAAGGGUGACUACCUUGCUGAAGUGGGAUAUCAGCAAAUGCUGCGUGGAGACUAUAAAGCAGCUAUUGCAACUUUUAAGAAAGCUUCAUCCACCUCUGAUAGUAGUAUAAGCGCACUUUUAGGUCUUGUUAGGUGUCUCAUACUUACUGGAAAUUUAGAUGAGGCAUCACAUCAAAUUGAAUUUCCUAAUGAAAUUCAGGCACCAAAUCAGCGUAAUGCAGAGUUAAGUUUACUUAAUGCAAUGUUGCAGUGGCGACGUCAAAAAAAUCAACCAAAAACAUUAUUAUUCCUAGACCAAGCAGCAGAAGCUAUAAAACAUGAUGUGGGUGCACAUCCAAACGGUAUGGAACUCUAUAUCAAACUUAAUCCACCAUUAAUGCUAGAUGUAGCGAAAGAGUAUAUGCAACACUGCCGUACAGAACCACCAGAUCCAACCAUACAGAAAGUGGAUCCUAUCGCAGAGAAAUGUAAACGACAUCUUGAACUUUUACUUCGACAUGUUCCUGGUUGUUUAGAAGCUCAACUUCUUCUUUCCAAGAUAUAUUUCGUUGCUGGGGACUUAAAUAAGGCACAAACAAUGAUAACGACUAGCAUUCGGCAUGAACAUACACUUCCAGAGGCAUUUCUUUUAUCUGCGCAAAUAUGUCAAUACAUUGGAAAUGCAAAAAUGGCUAACCAGGCUCUAGAACAAGCAUUAACUCUUGAUUUUGAAGUGAAAGAUCAACCACAAUAUAACCUUCUUCAUGGUAUUGUACUUGGAAUGAUGAAUAAACAGCAAGAAGCAUUAGAGGCAUUACAGUUGGCGCUAAAACUUACCAAGGAUAAGUCUCGUGUCACUAAUAAAGGACGUCCUCUACAACCACUGAGCAUACAGGACCACGUGAGUUUGUACUUACAAUUGGCGCAAACUUAUCUUAAGCUGCACGAUGCAGAUGAAGCACGUGCGACUAUAGCUGAAGCAACAGCUUUAUUUAAAGAUACUACACAAGCUGGUCGCAUAUCAAUUGCGAGUGCGAUGAUAGCCGCCCGAACAGAUGUUGAUAAAGCUAUUGAAAUCCUCAAACAAGUUCCACCUAGAAGUGAAUUUUUUAUUGCGGCUAAAAUGCGUAUGGCAAAUCUUUAUCUUAUUCACAGGCAAAACCGACGUAUGUACGCUGAGUGCUUUGAGCAACUUGUGGAAGAGGUCCCAACGCCACAGAGCUUUCUUGAACUUGGUGAGGCAUAUACCAAUAUUCAGGAACCCGAGAAAGCUAUCGCUGCAUACGAAAAAGCAAAAGCUAUGGAUCCCAAUAAUGGUGAGUUGGCAGUUCGUAUUGGACGGGCACUUGUAUCAACACAUGACUAUCAACGUGCUAUUUGUUACUACCGUGAUGCUGUCGCUGCAGAUGGAACGAAAUUCGCCGUUCGUGCUGAUCUUGCGACACUCUACUGGCAUCUUGGGGCAGCAGAUCGUGCCAUUGCGGUGUUGAGCGAGUCACCAGCGUGGAAAGGUGAACCUGAUGUGAGUGAAGAAAUAGAGAAGGCCAUUGAACGGGUUAAUUGUUCACUACUCAUGUGCAAGAUACAUCGCGGGUGUCAGAAGCCUCAACUUGCAGCGGAAGCAUUAAUAAAAGCACGUAGCUUUCAAGAACAUGUCUUACAUUACAUGAUGCGUAAUGAAACACGUGAAACACUCUACCAACAGAAAGUUGUUGCCGCAACAAUUGCGCUAGAACUUGGUAACUAUUAUGCUUCUAUUGGAGAUGUACAGCGUGCAAAGGAGUGUUACCAAGAGGCACGGUUGUAUGAUGAGUCAAAUGAGGUAGUGAUGUUAGCAGGUGCUCGACUCUUGCUUAAUAGCGGUGAUGUUAACGCAUGUGAGGAACAAUGUAAUUCUAUACUUCGUAUCAAUCCUGCAUGUGAGGAGGCUGUUGUAAUCCUUGCUGAUCUCAUGGUACGCCGUAACCGCUUUGAAGACGCUGCACACAGUUUUAAUCAGUUAUUAGAGAAGACACCAGAGAAUUAUGAGGCGUUGGUGCAGUAUGUGCGGUUGCUGCGGCACGCUGGUCGACUCAGUGAUGCAGAAAAAGUAUUGGAACGGGCAUCAGGUCUCGUCCCGAUGGGUCAAAAUCCACCACCUGGACUUAGUUUUGCACGUGGUUUGUACCAUCGCUAUUGCGGUGAAAAUACAGAGGCCCUUCGUGCAUUUAAUGCUGCGCGGCUGCCUGCUGAUGAUACACCAUGGAGUGAGCCGGCGUUGGCAAAUAUGAUUGAAAUGUAUCUCGUCCCAACAAAUGAAGAACUGUGGAUGGAUACCACACUACGGGAAGAUGAUAGGAAUGAAAAUGUCAAAAUUGCAGAACGUUUGUUGUUGCAAAUGCCACAUGGGGAGUCUCGAGACAUUCUUCAAGGGUACUGCUGGUUGGCGACGAAAAAACGAACUCUGGUGGAACGUGCUGUAAAGGAGUUUACACGUCUCUGCGCUUCUGCUGAGAUGAUGGAACAACAAAUUGGGAAACAAGUUACAAAGAAUGAAAAUAAGGGAGAUGAAAAGGAUGAAGAUGAAAAAUUAUUGAAUUCUAUGAAGGAGCAAACAUUAAAUACAGGAAAGUUGAAUCUCCCUGCUCGUCUGGGUCUGGCCAUAGCAUAUUUUAUCAGUGGAUUGGAAAAGAAGGCAGUUGCUGAGCUUAGCUCCAUUAUUUUUCUACCAUUUGAACCUGCCACAAGCGACACUGUGCACCGUGCUCGCUUGCUGAGUGCACAUAUAGAUAUGCAGAAGAAAGACUUUAAAUCUUCCCAGUCUCUACUGCAAAAGGUUAUUGAAUUAGAUAAGAGUUGUGCCCAGGCGUGGCUUAUGUUAGGUGCUGUGUAUGAGAAAGAAACAAAUUACAGUGAGGCGGCUAAGUGUUAUGAGAAUGCAUGGAGUCUGUCACGGGAGCGGGAUCCGUCAGUUGGCUACAAACUAGCUUUUCAUCUUAUGAAGUCAGGAAAAUUUGUGCCUGCAAUCGAUGUUUGUCGUAAAGUACUGGACGCACACCCUAAGUAUCCCAAAAUCAAUGAGGUUGUGAAUGUCUGCCACAGUCUUCUGCGCCCUUGA